GCUCUAAUAAACUUCAGCUAAACACCAUUUUUUGUACGGAAGUGUAAUUUAUGCUACAGGAUGAAAGCUAAAGGUUAGCUCUUUACUGUGAAGUGUUUCGAAACUUGGUUUUUAUUUAAUCUAAAACUCUUUUUAAGCUAAAAUGUGCAACAGCUGUGUGCUUAAAGAGUAUCCGGACAGGGGUAACACUUGCCUGGAGAACGGCUCCUAUCUGAUGAACUACCUGGGCUGUGCGAACUGUCAUCAAAGGGACUUUGUUUUGAUCAACAAUAAAUCCAGUGAUGACGAUGAUGGGGAGGAAAUAGUCACCUAUAAUCAUGUUUGCACAAACUGUGACCAUGUCAUUGCCAGACACGAAUACACCUUCUCUGUUGUGGAUGAAUACCAGGAGUACACUAUGCUCUGCAUGCUGUGUGGAAAGGCAGAGGACUCCAUCAGUGUUCUCCCAGAUGACCCCAGACAGUCUGCACCACUCUUCUAGACCGACUGACCUUAACUCACAUUUUUAGAGUAUUAAGCCUCCUUUAAAUGGCUUUUUAAGAUGCAUCCAAACAGAAAUACCUUUCUAUGAUUGAAGAAAACAUGCCAUAAAUUUCACUUGACAGAAUUUGUGAAUAAACCAUUUUUGAUUUA